AUGGAGUUUUCUACUGGGGAUGAUAGUGAGGAUAAACAGGGUGUAGAGAUGGAGGAGUUUUCUACUGGGGAUGAUAGUGAGGAUAAACAGGAUGUAGAGAUGGAGGAGUUUUCUACUGGGGAUGAUAGUGAGGAUAAACAGGGUGUAGAGAUGGAGGAGUUUUCUACUGGGGAUGAUAGUGAGGAUAAACAGGAUGUAGAGAUGGAGGAGUUUUCUACUGGGGAUGAUAGUGAGGAUAAACAGGGUGUAGAGAUGGAGGAGUUUUCUACUGGGGAUGAUAGUGAGGAUAAACAGGAUGUAGAGAUGGAGGAGUUUUCUACUGGGGAUGAUAGUGAGGAUAAACAGGAUGUAGAGAUGGAGGAGUUUUCUACUGGGGAUGAUAGUGAGGAUAAACAGGGUGUAGAGAUGGAGGAGUUUUCUACUGGGGAUGAUAGUGAGGAUAAACAGGAUGUAGAGAUGGAGGAGUUUUCUACUGGGGAUGAUAGUGAGGAUAAACAGGAUGUAGAGAUGGAGGAGUUUUCUACUGGGGAUGAUAGUGAGGAUAAACAGGAUGUAGAGAUGGAGGAGUUUUCUACUGGGGAUGAUAGUGAGGAUAAACAGGAUGUAGAGAUGGAGGAGUUUUCUACUGGGGAUGAUAGUGAGGAUAAACAGGGUGUAGAGAUGGAGGAGUUUUCUACUGGGGAUGAUAGUGAGGAUAAACAGGGUGUAGAGAUGGAGGAGUUUUCUACUGGGGAUGAUAGUGAGGAUAAACAGGAUGUAGAGAUGGAGGAGUUUUCUACUGGGGAUGAUAGUGAGGAUAAACAGGGUGUAGAGAUGGAGGAGUUUUCUACUGGGGAUGAUAGUGAGGAUAAACAGGUUGAAUAG